AUGGAUACACUACUAAGACAUGGGAGGAAGAUAGAGAUUGAACACGAAAUCGUUCAUGAAUUAUCUCAAAUGUUGGAUCAGCAUAAUAAUUUGGUCAAAUCCUUUAGAAUGGCAAGGGAUAGAUUCAAAGCACAACUAGAAUCUACGUUUCGUUUACGCCUCCUAAGUAGCAGGACAACAGAUGGUCGUCAAUUCAAUAUGCCAACAUCAUCUGAAGUAGCAGGCUUAAUAGUUGGUGAUUUUAGUGAAGCGAACUUCGAACGUGACGUUAUUGUGGAGCACCGAACUAAAGGAAUUAAGAGAAUCACAGAUCUGCAUCCAAGUUUCAUGUCUAUGACGUACCCAUUAGUACACCCUUAUGGUGAAGAUGGAUAUAGACUUGGCAUACCUUUGAGAGACGUAACUGAAAGCUCUUUUAAAAGGCAAAAGUUGACAAUGAGGCAACAUUAUUGCUUUAGGUUGCAGCAAAAAUUAAAUGAGGGUCAUACUCUUCUUCGAUCUGGUAGACUACUGCAACAAUAUAUAGUUGAUUCUUACAUGGAAAUUGAAGAAGAAAUAUUUCGUUGGAUACGAAAUAACCAAAAAAAACUCAGAUCAGACCUUUUUUCUGGUUUAAUGGACACUAUUCAUCGUGGUGAUUCAGAUUGCUCAAAAGUGGGGAAAUCAAUUAUUUUGCCUUCGUCACACACUGGGGGACCACGAUAUAGAGUACAAAAUUAUCAAGAUGCUAUGGCAAUUUGUAAAUGGGCAGGAUAUCCUGAUUUAUUUCUUACUUUCACUUGCAACCCAAAGUGGCCAGAAAUAAAUUAUAUGAUCCAUUUAAUAGGGCAAAAAGAUGAUAACAAUCAGGCCGAUAUCAUAUGCAGAGUAUUUGAGAUAAAGCUAUUCCAACUAAUGCAUGAUCUGAAAAAAGAACAACUGUUUGGAAAGAUAAUCGCAUGUAUAUACACAAUUGAGUUCCAAAAAAGAGGACUGCCUCAUGCACACAUACUACUUUUCUUGCAUUCGACAUUGAAAAAUCCUUCAGCAGACCAUAUUGAUAAUAUAAUAAGCGCGGAAAUCCCGGACUUAAAUGUUGAUCCUGAUGGUUAUAAUGCCGUCAAUAAAUUUAUGAUUCAUGGACCUUGUGGAAAACUUAAUUCAAACUCUCCAUGUAUGAUGCAAGAUAGGUGCACAAAACAUUUUCCAAAAAAAUUCAAUGAUCAAACGACCAUCGACACAGAUGGCUUUCCAGUCUACAAAAGGAGAAAUACAGGUAUUCAUGUCGAAAAGAAAGGUGUCCUUUUAGAUAAUCGAUAUGUAGUCCCUUAUCACAGGAAUUUGGUUGUCAAAUUUGAUGCACAUAUUAAUGUCGAGGUUUGCAAUUACUCUAGAUCAGUCAAAUACCUUUUCAAAUGUGUUCAUAAAGGGUCUGAUAAAACUAAUGCAACAAUGGAAUCUAUUGACACUGCCAAAGAAAUAGAUGAGAUAAAAACAUAUUUGGAUUGCAGAUAUAUCUCGGCAACUGAAGCUUGCUGGAGAAUAUUCCAAUUUGACAUAUAUUACAGACAGCCAGCAGUUGAAAGAUUACCAUUCCAUUUACCUGGAGAGCAUACAGAGAAAACAUGGACUAGGAGAAAAAAUGGAUUGGAAAUUGGAAGAAUUUACUUCGCACAUCCUUCAACUGGAGAACGCUUCUAUUUGAGAAUGUUGUUAAAUUUUGUCAAAGGGAGCACUUCUUAUGAAAGUAUUAGAACAAUAAAUGGGGUGACAUAUCCUAAUUUUAAAGGCGCAUGCUAUGGUUUGGGAUUGUUAGACGAUGAUAAUGAGUGGAUAGAUUGCUUGACUGAAGCUAAAAUAUGGGCAACUGGAAAAGAAUUAAGACAUCUUUUCGUCACGAUACUCAUUCACUGUCAGGUUUCUGAUGCAUCACAACUUUGGAAAUCUAAUUAUAUUGCAUUGUCAGAAGACAUAACUUCAUUGCAAAGGAAGAGAUUUAGAAUGAAUGGUCUUAAGUUAACUGAACAACAAGUUGAAGCAUACACAUUGUUCGAGAUUGAAAGUAUCAUGCUGAAGAUGGGAAAAAGUUUGAAAGAUAUAGAUGGAAUGCCCCUGCCUAAUCCAUCUUUGAUAAGAGACUCGGGUAAUAGAUUGGUUAAUGAAGAGAUUGAUUAUGACCGAGAUCAAUUAAAGAUAUUGCAUGAGAAAUCAUUUGCUGCUCUAAAUCCUUGCCAAAAAUCAGCUUAUAAAGCAAUAGUACAUUCAGUAGAGAAUGAACAAGGCAAUUUAUUUUUUAUCAAUGGACAUGGUGGUACUGCAGAGUCGACUUGUGAAAUUCGACAAGGCACCCUACUAGCUGAACUUCUUGUGAAAACUUCUUUGAUCAUUUGGGAUGAAGCACCUAUGGCAAAUAAGUUCUGCUUUGAAGCUUUGGAUAAGACCUUAAGAGAUAUUCUAAGAACAAGGUUUGAAAAUAGCUCUAACAAACUUUUUGGAGGACUUACAAUAGUGUGUGGUGGUGAUUUCCGACAAAUAUUACCAGUUGUCCCAAAAGGUACAAGAUUUGAUAUUGUUGAUGCUUCUCUUAACUCAUCAUAUUUGUGGCCAUUUUUCAAAAUAUAUGAGCUCAACCAAAAUAUGAGGCUCUAUAAUGGAAGAUUGACUGGUUUUGAGGCUGCUAAAAUAGCUUCUUUUGACAAAUGGAUGUUGCAGAUUGGAGAUGGUUCAUUAUAUGAUGACAUUGAUAGACAAUUAAUUAAGCUUCCUUCUGAUAUCGCCAUAAAUCCAUCUCAAGAUCCAAUGAAAUCCAUAAUUAAAGUUAUCUACCCAUCACUUUUACAAAAGUACAACGAUCCUGCAUAUUUGACAGAAAGAGCAAUAUUAACACCAAAAAAUGAAAUGGUCUAUGAACUAAAUGAGAUGAUUAUGAAUAUUAUACCAGGUGAAGGGAGAACAUAUUUUAGCUCAGACAGUAUAUGCAAAGAAAGUGUAAAGACAAAUGAUGAAGAUCUUUUGUAUCCAGCUGAAUUUUUGCAUGGUUUGAAAUUUAAUGGCAUCCCUAAUCAUGAGAUGCGACUUAAGGAAGGUGCUCCUGUAAUGCUCCUUAGAAAUCUAAAUCAAACAGAAGGCCUAUGCAAUGGCACAAGAUUGAUUAUCAGGCAUCUUGGUAAAUGGUCCAUUAGAGGCAACAUCAUUUCUGGAACAAAUAUUGGUGAAAAUGUCACAAUUCCAAGAAUUAUCAUGUCUCCCAAUGAAUCAAGAUGA